AUGACAGCACCAUCAAUAGUUGUAUCAAAUGAGUCAACAAUAACUUCGACGACAUUUGAUGCAAUCAAUAAAUCUCGAAUGCGACGUCAAAAAGCAAAUACACGUGAGAGGAAUCGUAUGCAUGGCUUAAAUCGUGCUUUAGAUAAAUUACGUCAACGUGUCCCAAUAACAACUCAACAUCAAAAACUUUCCAAAAUUGAAACAUUACGUCUAGCAAGCUCAUUUAUUAUUUAA